AUGGUCGCAUACAGUUCGAAAGCUCUGGCCACAGCUGCUUCAAUUUUAGGCUGUUCAUCUUCCGCCCUUGGGUGCCUGGUCAUCACUGGAUCAACUUGGAAUGUUAAUGACUUUGCUGAUGGCACCAUCACCACAACUGAUAGCGGCGUUCAAACCUGCGACGGCAACGGAGGUACUGGAGACAACAACGUUGACUGCAUUUCCGGUUCCUCGCUAAAACAUGACUAUACCGACAACAAUGGGAACGGACCAAUGCCAAUCACCUACUGUAACCCAUCGAACUGGCAUAUACCUCCUUGUUUACCCCAACUUUUGUAA